UUUUGGACGGUUUAAAUAGGUUUUGACAAACAUGGUUCUCCCUUCAUUAUCAUCUCCAGAUAGGAAAUCGCAAAACACAUUUUUUUCAUCAUCCCCCUCCAAGAAGCUAUCAGGUCGUGAUGAGUUAGGAAGCUGGUCUACUGUUCUUGAGCGGCAUCGUUUCCUUCUAACAAUGAUGGCAUUGUUGGCAUUUCUGUGCUCAAUAUAUCUCUACUUUGCAGUUACUUUAGGGGCCUCAGAUCCCUGCUCCGAAAAGUCUGGAGCUGAGAAGGCACUUUGUGAGUCAAAAUAUUCUUUAUACAAAGGGAAAUUGAAAUUAUUUUAACUUGACAUGCUCCUCGAAUGUCACACCAUGGUACUUUUGUGGUCUGGGAUUCAGAGGCAAUUCCUUGAGUUCUGGAUGCUGCAUUUCUUGAUUCUUCGGACAUCAGAAUUUAUUUUCAUUGUGAGAAUUGUAACAAAAUUGUCAUAAGCUAUGAUUUGUCAUAAGCUAUGAUUGACAGUAUAUUCAAUGAGAAGAAACUCUCAGGUGAACUUGAUUAUCAAAA